GUAACAUGGUCCUUCCUCAAUUGAAUAUUAUUGAUACCAAGAAUAACUUGACUGAAGUGUUGAAUAUCAAUACAACCAACUAUGAUAGUUUAGUCAUUCUCUUUUCCGAAAAGUCUAAGCUCCCCAAAGUGAUACCUAGUCUUCAACAUUAUUUAGAACUUGAUCAAUCCUUUGGUAAAACUAUUCAAGUCAUUUGUCCUCAAGAUCAAAAACCAUUCUCUCGUUUACUUCUUGUUCCUACUGGUUCUAUUUCUUCUGAUAUUGAUGAUGCUCGUCGUUUCAAAGAUGCUGCCUUUGAAGGUGGUAAACGUGCAUUGGAAGCUGGUUUUGUCAAGCCUUUAAUCUGUUUUGCUGAUCCUCCUACACCAGAAUCUCAACCUUCUUUAAAUUGGACUUUUGAUGAACAAACCAAUGAUUAUCAACAUUAUUUAGAAGUCACUAUGCUUGGUUUCUUGGAAGCCGCUUAUGAACCUAUCGAUGUCCGUGAUUAUCAUGCAAAGAAAAACACGUCUAUCAAGAACUUUGAACAAUUAGGUUUUGUUGUCGAUUCUUUACAACAAGAUACCAUUACUUUGAUUCAAAAGGUAGAAGCUAUUGAACAAGGUCGCCGUGUUGCCAAAGAUAUUGGUUCUCCUGAUCCUGAACAAAUGUCACCCAUUCAAAUUGUCAAGUACUUGGAAUCUACUUUCAAAAAUGCCAAUAAUAUCAAGAUGACUGUGAUUGAUGAUAUCGAUACUAUUAAAAAGGAAUAUCCUUUGGCACAUGCUGUCUCUCGUGCCAGUUUAGUAGUACCAAGACACCAUCCUCGCUUUGUACACUUUGAAUACAAGUCCUCUGAUCAAUCAAAUGUCAAGGAAAAUCUUUACUUUGUGGGAAAGGGAGUGACUUAUGAUACCGGAGGCGCUGAUAUCAAGUGCAGUGGACAUAUGAGAGGCAUGUCCCGUGACAAAUGUGGUGCUGCUGCUGUGGCUGGUUUAUUCAAGACGAUUGAACUCUUGCAACCUAAAGGAGUAAAUGUUACUGCUGGUUUAGCUCUCGUUCGUAAUUCCAUUGGCCCUGAUGCUUAUGUGAGUGAUGAAAUCAUUUGCUCCCGAAAUGGAAACCGAGUUUUGGUUGGCAACACUGAUGCUGAAGGUCGUAUGGUGAUGACGGAUUUAUUAUGUGAAUUCAAAGAAAAGGCUAUUGCUCAUGCUAAAUCUCAAGAACCUUCUGGCAAUAAACCAUCUCUUUUAUUCACUGUGGCGACAUUGACUGGUCAUGCUUUGCGCGCUUAUGGUGGUUAUGGUAUUACUAUGGAUAAUGGUUAUGCACGAAAGAAUCGAGUCAGUCGACGUAUCUAUGAUGCUGGACAUAUUUUGGCAGAUCCUUUUGAAAUCUCUACUUUACGACGUGAGGACGUGGAUGUAGUACAACCUGGACGAUCAAGUGAAGAUGUUGUGCAAGCCAAUGACAAAGCAAGUACUAUGACAGAUCGUGGCCAUCAGUACCCUGCCGGUUUCAUGCUUAUUGCUUCUGGACUUGAAGAUCAUGGCCUUCGUUCUGAUUUACCUAUUGGAUAUUCUCACUUGGAUGUAGCUGGUUCUGCAGAAACUAUGUCAUCUGUUGGUUGGAGUUUGACACGUGUUACUGGUUCUCCUGUUGCUGCUCUGACGGGUGCUUUCCUUUUGUAAACCUUUUUUCCUUCACUUUGUAGCUAGUAUGUAUAUCUCUCUCUCUCUCUCUAUCUUGUGAUCAAUAAAUUUGUCAAUUUUUUAUGCUCGCA